AUUGGUUACAUGGACCAAUAUAAAUAUAUGGUCUCUCUACCAUCUCCCUACCUGCCUUGUGAUCUCCCAUGACCUUAAUAACUCACCCCCCCCCUCCUCACUUUCUCUCUCUAACUCUCAUUUUCUCUCACUUCAAACCUUCCCCCUUUCCUACUCUCUCUCUCUUGUUUGACGUGUGCUUGAAUUCUCAACAUUUGCUAAGUUUCUCUCUCUUCCCAAAGGCAGGCCUACUGUUUUGCCCAAUUCCUGCAUGUUGCAGUCCACUUUCUCUCUCUAGGAGUUGCCACUUCUCUCUCUAGGAAAUGCGACUUGUCUUUCUCUCUCUAAGCCACAGGGAAGAGCGUUGAGUCGCCCGCCUGCGUAUGAAGUUGCAGGUUUAUGUUUCUAGGGAAGUGUGAUAUGAAUUCUCCCAGGCUCCUCCCGGGUUUCUCACUCUAGGGAAGCGCAACUACUUUCUCUCUCUCUCCGCUCGAUUUCAAAAACCAGCGUAAUCCCUCCUCGCUCAAUGCACGUGGAGCAGAGAGAAUAUCUUCGUACCCGUAUCCCAGAAGAGAGAGAAAGAACAACAACCUUGAAAUUGCAGAAGAGAGAGAAGGGGGACAGGGAAGAACCCUUGCCCUAAUAUGUAUUGAGAGAGAACCCAAAACCCUUGCCCAUCAGAGCAGAGCCAGCAAGAAAUCCUAUAGGAAGAGAGAGAAACAACUAAAACCAAGAGAGAGAAGACUAGCUGCUUUUAAACGAACAAUCUCAAUCUCUUGGAUAAAAAACCAGUAACCUUAAAUAUUUGUAGAAAGAGAGAAGACCCCCAUCGCCCGUCAUGCUCGAAUUCGAUUUCCCGGCCCUCUUACCAUCCUUGGCCUUCUUUCUCCUCGUCUAUCUCUCCGCCUACUUCGUUGUUUUCCGCCGUCAUCGCCCUGAAUUUCGAAAGGAAGCAGCAAGCUGCUUCAUCUCUCUAGCCCAUGGCACCCCAGUUGCUGCAAUGGCCAUUUUCUCUCUAUCCUCCGAACCCCAAUUCGCGAAAGCCGCUCUAUCUCUCUCUACAAACCCCAAGAACUUCCCUGAGAGCUUCCCCUUUGCAGGACCCAACACCCCAUUUCAGGCUGCAAUUCUCGACUAUAGCAUUGCGUACUUUCUCGUCGACAUCCUUCAUUACCUGAUCUUCUUUCCAAGUGAUGUUCUCUUCAUUGGUCACCAUGUUGCCACCAUUUUCGUUCUCGCUACUUGUCGGUAUCUCACAGGCUAUGGAGCUCCCGGUAUUCUCUCUCUCCUCAUUCUUGCCGAGCUCACGAGCGCAUGUCAAAACACCUGGACCCUUGCUCGACUGCAAAGAGCUCACUCAAAAAUGGCAGCCAAAGUGUAUGAUUCCUUAACCCCUGCUUUUUACUUUGUGUAUACACUGGUAAGGGGGUUCAUGGGUCCGUAUUUCAUGUACAAAAUGGGUGUCUUCUACUUUACUGGAGGGGGAGAUGGGGUGAUACCGAGAUGGGUUUCUCUCUCAUGGGUUGUAGUUGUGGUUACUGCGAUUUCGGUCAGUGCUUUGUGGAUUUCGAACCUUUGGGUUGAAUUCUAUUUGGAGAAGCUUGCCAAGGUAAAAGAAGUGAAGAAAGAUCAAUAAGGCUGGGUGCUUUAGAGAGAGGUGGACAGAAAGAAGGAAUUAUCAUGAAAACAGUAGCGAGAAAUUUGGAUGGGAUUUUGGUAAAUGUGAGGGUUCUUCGAUAUCUUGCACCUUUGAUUUUGUGAAAGAUUUAAUCAGGGUAGUGGAAUAAGAAGCCUUGGAGUUAAUGCAUGGUAGACUGAAUGCCUUUCUUUCUCUUCUUUGAGCUACUUGAUUGUUUUUAUUAUUACUUUUUCGGGGUUGAAUAUGGCCCCUAAAGCAGAACUUGCAUUCUAUGAACUCAAAACUUUAAUAUAUACUGAAUAUAAAGAUGCCAUUGUUGCUUCCGUUGUC